UCGGUUUGGGAGCAUAUUGAUCGUUAGGAUUUGGCGCCAUUUUAUUUUCUUAAGCACUAACGCAUGCAACAGCGACAGCAAAAUGGCCCCAACACCAAAAAAAAGAAACACCAAAAAGUCGCCACAGAAAUCGAAGGCUGAUCACAAUAAAACUAAUCAGAUACACAAUGAUUUGCUCUGGGUUUAUAUGCCCACCGCUAAAUGUUUUGGCAUUAAUUUGAACUACAAGAAGCCGGCCAGCUUUGAGAGCACCGAAGCAGAAAAUGAUUGGCGUGAGAAGUCAAUCGAAGAGGCGCUCGAAUUAAAGAUUAAAUUGGAGUCUGGUCAGAUCGAUCCCAAGUCCUUGGCCGAGACCGAGCGCAUUGUAAUUGAGCCCGUGCGCAGUGAGAUACCCAAGCAGGAGGCGGAGCGUUUCAGAAAGGAGCUGAUCGACCAGGAGCAUGCCUUGUUUAUGGAACGCGACUUCAUUCAACUUUCGCAGCAGCUGCGAGAAUGUUUGGGGUUGGGUUGCGCCAAAGUUGGUCUUUGCCUGAAGAUACUCGAUCAGCUCAAGGAUGUUGAGCUAAAUAAAUUGAUGCUGUUGCGCAAUCCGGAAUGCGUAGAUAUCAUGCGUCAAUUGCGACAUUAUGUUGGCAACUUGGACCUGUGGAAAAUGGAUAAAAAUGAUGAGGAAGAAUUCAAAAAGAGGGCGACUAUUAUCCGGAAAGUGUCGACGGGCAUUUAUGACACGUUCAAGACGCUCUUCAACACCGAUCCCAAAGAGAACUUCUGGAUUGAGUUCUGCGAGAAGGUGAAGGUCUACAAGGCCUACACGACCAGAAUCAAUGAUAAUCUGCGCAUCACAAUGAGCCAGCAGAGCUACGAUAAUCUGGUCAAGACAAAGAAUGAAGAGAAUGAGAAAUCAGAGGAAGGUGCCAAAAAUUAAACAGCCAAAUGAUAAUUAAAUGUGCACCGCUUAGUUUUAUAAGAAUAAAUAAGAUCAAAACUCUCGCACGAGCGGAAGGGGGUUACUGUGAAGUUAUGAAGGACUUUAAAACUCAAAAAACCAUGGAAUUGACAGAUCAUUUUUGAGUAGUUAAAAUAAAAAAAAAACAUAUCGGACACUUCAAUCUGAUAAAUUU